CGAUUACAUUCGUUCAUGACUGGUUUACUGAUGAACCGUGUAUUGUGUCGUAGUGUUCUAGCUCUGCGUUUGCGAUUGCCAAUGGCUAGAAACGCAUCCACCUACCUUAUAGACGAUCCUAAAUAUUCCUUUUUAAGGGAUUUAGGUUUGGAAAAGAACAAUGUAGGUGUGUUCAAUGGAAAAUGGAAGGCGAAUGGCCAGGUAAUCCAAUCUUACAGUCCUGCAAAUGGAAAAAUUAUUGCUGAAGUGCAAUCCGCUAGCCAAGCUGACUAUGAGUCUUGUGCUACAGCCGCUCAGGAUGCGUGGCAUACUUGGGCAGAAAUGCCAGCGCCUGCGAGAGGAGAGAUCGUUAGGCAAAUUGGUGAUGCACUCAGAGAAAAACUACAACCUCUCGGACAAUUGGUUUCUUUAGAAAUGGGAAAAAUUCUACCCGAAGCCAUCGGAGAAGUUGUUGAAUACAUCCACGUUUGCGACUUGGCUCUUGGCUUGUCUCGCACCCUACCAGGGACUAUCUUUCCUUCAGAGCGACCUGGACACGUGCUUAUCGAAAAAUGGAACCCUCUGGGCGCUAUUGGCAUAAUUACCGCAUUCAAUUUUCCAGUUGCCGUUUUCGGAUGGAACAGCGCUAUCGCUAUGGUCUGUGGAGACGUCAGCGUGUGGAAACCAUCAGACACCACUCCCCUCACCGCGGUGGCCGUCACUAAGAUAGUCGAGAGCGUUCUCGUCAAGAACAACAUCCCGGGGGCGGUGGCCGCGCUCUGUGUCGGUGGGAAGGACAUCGGACAGACGCUCGUGCGUGAUCACAGGAUGAAACUAGUGUCUUUUACUGGAAGUACCGCUGUAGGACAGGAUGUCGGUGUGGAGGUACAGAGGCGUUUCGGCCGUCACCUGCUGGAGCUGGGCGGCAACAACGCGAUCGUGGUGAACUCAGACGCCAACGUAGAGCUGUUGCUGAACGCGGCUCUGUUUGCGUGCGCGGGCACGGCCGGCCAGCGCUGCACCACCACACGACGGCUGCUCAUACACGAGCGGCUAUUCCCUGAAGUAGUAUCAAGGUUGAAGAAGGCAUACGCGAGUGUGCUGCCUAAGAUUGGUGAUCCCCUACUGAGCGAAACCUUGAUUGGCCCGCUGCAUACGCCUACCGCCGUCGAAGCCUACAAGAGGACCGUCGCUGAAGCUGUCAAGCAAGGAGGAACGAUUGAGUUCGGAGGAAAAGUUAUUGAGCGUGAAGGAUACUUCGUGGAGCCAACAAUAAUAACGGGAUUGCCCCACGACUCCCCGCUUGUGAAGUCGGAAUGUUUUGCGCCCAUCGUAUACUGCAUCAAGAUCCCCGACCUGGACACCGGUAUUCAGUACAACAAUGAAGUCGACCAGGGCCUAUCAUCCAGUCUUUUCACUGAAAAUUUGGCCGACGUAUUUAAGUGGAUUGGACCCCACGGCUCAGAUUGCGGCAUUGUUAACGUGAACAUCCCGACAAAUGGCGCGGAAGUGGGAGGAGCCUUUGGCGGGGAGAAGGCUACGGGUGGUGGGCGAGAGUGCGGCUCCGACAGCUGGAAGAACUACAUGCGCCGUUCCACCGUCACCGUCAACUACUCCGGCACCAUCAAACUUGCUCAGAAUAUUCAGUUUGGAGAUUAGAGAUUUGACUUUUCGUAUAUUCUUUCCCAUGAGUGCAUUUCUAUAUUGAGAGGUUGAUAUGGGACUAUAUAUCGACAAAAUUAUAUAAAUAUACUUUUUUAAGAUUUUUUUGUUCCAAUGAGUAUUUGCAGCAUUUUAUAUUAAUUUAUGAAGCUUAAAGCUUAUUUAACUAACCAUAUUCAUAGCUCGACUGUAAGC